CAUUGUAUUUACCAAGCGACCACAUUUCGUAAAAUAUUUACUUAUUCAUGUUCCCCCCUUGCAGAUCUCUACUUGUAUUAUAAAUGUUUUACCUGUACAUAACCGAUUGAAGGGCACUUUUUUAACAAAGACUUCACUGUUAAGCAUAGACGCACGGGUGGCUGUGGCAUUUGGCUUAUUGAAAGGAGGGAGGUAAACUGCAAGUAUGGCGCAGGGACAUUCCUCACAGAGCACAACAAAUCUGAUCUUUUCUGGUGAAGCGGGGAGAAAGAAAACCAUUGCGGUAGUUGUGAUCGUAGCAAUCCUGGUAGUACUGGUGGGUGUGGCGGUCGCUGUUCCCGUGGCGCUGAGGAUGAACGCCAGGUCAACUGAUGCGGCGUCCGUGGAACUUGCGAAUAAGGUGUUGACUGAAACGCCGCUGAUCGACGGCCACAAUGAUCUCCCUAUCAAGUACAGGGUUUUCGUGGACAACCAAGUGGAAAGUGUGAAUCUUGGACAGAGAUUAACUGAAACCACCUUUGCAAUUCCACAAACAGACAUCCCGCGUCUCCGGUCUGGGAAAGUUGGGGCUCAGUUUUGGGCGUGUUAUGGCCAAUGCUCGUCCCAGUAUAAAGACGCUGUAAGGUACGCUCUAGAACAGUUGGACGUCAUUAUGAGAUUCGUCAACCAAUAUCCUGACACGUUUCAGUUCGUGACAUCUGCUGAUGGAAUUAUGAAUGCGUUCAAUGCUGGUAAAAUAGGCAGUCUGAUUGGUCUAGAAGGUGGUCACAUGAUCGACAGCAGCCUGGGAAUACUGAGAAUGUUUUAUAGUCUUGGUGUCCGCUACAUGACGUUAACACAUAACUGUCACACCCCUUGGUCGGACAACUUCCGGUCGGACUGGCCAGUAGACCAUGCUAGUUACCAGCCACCGCAAAGUAACGGGCUCUCACAAUGGGGAGAG